AUGGUUUGGCACAUCAAAGGUGGCUUUGAUCUGCUUGAUGUGAGGUUUGGGUACUUCAUGGUAAAAUUUGAUGCAGGUGAAGAUCGUGAGAAAGUCAUGCUUGGUGGCCCGUGGUUGAUUGAGGGACACUAUGUUGCUGUAAAAUCGUGGGAUAUAGAUUUUCGGCCAUGUGAGGAAUCCUUCGGGUCUACACUUGUAUGGGUUCGGAUUUUGGGGCUCCCAAUCUGGUGCUAUCAGGAACAAGCCAUGAUGCGUAUUGCUUCUGCAAUAGGAGUUCCCAUCAAAGUGGACUUAGCCACUAAGUUGGCUGAGAGAGGACGAUAUGUCCGAUGCUUGGGUAGAGACUCUAGGGAAGGAAAGAGUGAUGAUUCCGAUGCCACCAAGCCACGAGACGGUACAAAGGUAGUGCCACAUCCUGAGACCAAAAUUCACAAUUCAAAUAAAGUAGAACCUGAUGUAGUAGGUGGCGUUACUGGCGAGAAUCCUGCACCGAGUUUACAAAAGAAUUUAGAGGCUAAUAAUUUGGAAGGAAAUAAUGUUGAGGAGGCUUGCAUGCAUGAUGAACCAGGCUGGGAGCAAGUUGUGAGGAAAGGUAAAACCAAGCUGGGCCAGAAGCAAUCUAACAAGGUCCAAAGAGGCACUCAAUCCAGAACUGAUUCGGAUAGAGUAAUCAGGCCCACCAUCCACUUCUCUCACACGAGUGGAUCCAGCUCUUAUCGCGCCAGGAGCUCGCCAGUUGAGAAGAAUGGAGGCACGGUGGUGGAAGCAUCGUCAUGUCUUCCUGCAACCGUGAAGGAGGAUGUUACCGUAGCGGUUCCAUUGGUGAAGAAAGGCGCGUUGCCGGCUGUUAUUGCGUCGGUAUGCGAGAAUAAGGAGACAUUCCAUGGAGAUCCGGAAAACCUGAAGGUCACGGGAGUCACUUCUGCUGGGCAAGCCUCGGGUGUUCACUGCAAAUGGGUUGAUGCUUUCGAUCAGUGUGUUACAGUUGAGGUUCAGUCUUCGUCUUUCUGCGGGCCAUGGAUUGUUCUUGAUGAUUUUAAUGAAGUACUAUUCUCUCAUGAAUCUAAGGGUUGCCUCUUCUCGAGUCGUCAUGUAGAUCGGCUUGCUACAUCUCUAGGGGAUAGUAAUCUGUUUGACUUGAAGACUAUUGGAAGACGGUUUUCUUGGUACAGAAGGGUUAAAAAUGGUGUUGAGGUGGCAAAAAAACUUGACCGGGUCUGUAUCAAUAGUGGCUGGCUAUCUCUCUUUCCAGAGGCUUAUGCAGAAAUUUUAAAUAGGCUUCAGUCUGAUCAUUGUCCUAUCCUAGUGCGCUGUGCAGGUCGUCCCCAACCGAAAAAGAAUAGACCUUUUUGGUUUAUUGCGGCUUGGGUAACUCAUCCGGAGUACAAAAAUAUUGUGAACCAGUCAUGGCAGGCUGGCUACAGAGAGAUGCAUGGCAAACUUUCAGAAGUGCAGAAGAACUCUUUGGAGUUUAAUUCUAAAGUGUUCGAAAACAUUUUCGUUAGGAAAUGCAAAUUGGAGAGACAGAUUAAUUUCCUUCAGAAGCGACUUGAAGUAAUGGAGGAUUUGUCUAUGCGGAAAAAAGAAAAACAACUGAUUGAGGAAUUUAAUAACACGCUUGUGCAGGAGGAACUUCUAUGGUUUCAAAAAUCCAGAGAGCAGUGGGUAAAAUUUGGGGAUAGAAAUACCAAAUUCUUUCAUGUCCAGACUCUUGUGCGGAGAAAACAUAAUAAGAUUCAUGAUCUCUUUCUUCAAGAUGGGGUAUGGGAAACGGACUCGGAUGUCCUUAGAAGGGAAGCUGAAUCCUUUUAUAAACACCUAUUCUGUCAGUCGGAGGAUGUAGACUUAGGUUGUCUUGGUGAUGUGCCGCUACCUUCCCUGAAUGAUGAAGCCUGUUGUAAUCUCAUAGCGCCAAUUACUCUGGAAGAAGUUAAGUCAGCCGUUUUCAGUAUGCAUUCUUUUAAGGCACCGGGCCCUGAUAGGUUUUAA